CUUGAUCGUCUAAUCUCUUCUCAAGUGAUACCGACAAACCAGCCUCCUUGCUUGAACAUUUUUGCGAUAGAUACCCUUUGAAAACUUGGCUUUGGAAGAACAGGACAUACUCAGCCUGAAGUAACGAACCACGGCCUCUACGAAGGAUUUUGGACGACAGCUCCGGGACUAUCUCGAGUUUCACACAGUUAACGGCUGGUCGCUCAGGAGGCGACCGGCGUUGAUUGGCGAAGGAAGGAAUAGAGAGGUUACGCAUACGUCUUUGGCACAAUGUCUUUGAAGCAGGAAAUCGAGACGUGGGUGGCAGCACUUGCCCACUAUGAUAAUAACGAAUUCGACGAGGCGUUAAAGGAGUUUGAUAAUAUCUCAGAUACGUCAAAAAUUCUAUUCAAUUGUGGUGUUAUUCAUGCCACCUUGGGAGAGCAUGAGAAGGCCGUCGAAUGCUAUCAGCGAGCCAUCCGGUUAGAUCAAUAUCUGGCAGUAGCAUACUUUCAACAAGGCGUCUCGAAUUUCCUUAUUGGCGACUUCGAGGAGGCACUAGCAAAUUUCAACGAUACCCUUCUGUACCUGAGAGGAAACAACAUGAUCGAUUACGCCCAACUGGGGCUUAUGUUUAAGCUUUAUUCCUGCGAGGUCCUUUUCAACCGCGGUCUGUGUUAUAUAUAUCUUCAACAGAAGGAAGCUGGGAUGCAAGAUUUCUCAUUCGCCGUCAAGGAGAAGGUCGUCGAGGAUCACAAUGUCAUUGAUGACGCAAUUAGGGAGGAGGCUGAGGGUUACACCGUUUUCUCUAUUCCUGUUGGUGUCGUAUAUCGACCGAACCAGGCAAAAGUCAAGAACCUGAAGACGAAAGAUUACCUUGGCAAGGCACGUUUGGUCGCGGCUUCGGACGCAUCAAAUGCUUUCACUGGUUUUGCAGGCGCCGAGCUCAAGAAUGUCACAAAACUCGAGGUCAAGGAUGAUCGACCGGCGGAGAGCUUGUCUUUUGCAGCCACUAAUCUUGUGAAGCCUGGUCUCCAGAGCAAACGACAGCAGUCAGAACCCCCGCUGAACCGCAACGUCUUUCCCCCAACUCCACCUCCUGAGUCCGAGAAAUCAGGCGCUCCUACUAUGUUGAGCCGGGGAGCUUCAGUCCGAAAUGGUCCCAAACCAGUGCUACCCACGCUCGAUAUUGACAAAGCCCGACCUGUUGGACGUUAUGAGAUCCGGGAACAGAGAAGGUCACCCCAGAGUGCACAGGCUCGUAUUGGGACUCAGCGAACAGCAUCCGAGCCCAGAGGACCCCAAGGAAGACAGAUGUUAAUGAGAAGUGAGUCUCGCUCACGACCAUCGCGCCGGAGACCUUCGGAAGUUGAGAUAGAUGACGAGUAUCCGGGAGAGCUUUACGAGAUGUACCACCAAAAUCCACGAGGUAACAAGAGCAAAAGGGGUCAAGCUCAGUACAUUGAAGAGGAAGAAGAGUACGCCAGCGAUUCUGAUGACGGCCCCUUCGACGAGGGCGAAUUCGAAAUGAUCUCGAGGCGACCUCCCCCACGGACGCGUACAACCCCCACCUCUGCAUCUACCUCCUCCCGCGGCCAGUCACGGCGGCCAGAGGUUCGUAGGAUUCGUGUCAAGGUUCACGCUGAGGACGUCCGAUAUAUUAUGAUCGGGUCAGCGAUCGAAUUUUCGGACCUUGUUGAGCGGAUAAGAGAUAAGUUUGAGAUACGGAAACGUUUCAAGAUUAAGGUUCGAGAAGAUGAUGAACCCAACGGCGACAUGAUUACCCUGGGAGACCAGGAUGAUUUGGAAAUGGUUCUUAUGAGUGUCAAAGCGAACGCAAGAAAAGAACGAUUGGACAUGGGCAAGAUGGAAGUUUGGGUACACGAGGUUUGAACAUCAUUUACGACACCUAAUGAACUUUUCUUACGGAAUCUCUUGUUAUUUCAUCUGCAUUACUCAUAUAUACCAUCGAGCGCUCUAUGCAUAUUUAUUAGAAGGGGGGAUGGAGUCUUCUAUUUCCUCCUGUAUAA